AUGGCGGUGAGAACAAGCGUCCUACAAAAUGACUUUUUAGCUCAACUCCAAAAAGCUGAUAAUUUUGGUUUUCAUGCUUCACCAUCAUCUACUCGUCACUCAAUUGGGCAAUAUGCGCGAUCUUCGAAAUCGCUGAGGUUUUGGUCAACUGCUCAGAUAUAUCCAAAUGUGGUCGAUGAAUCUGAUGUGUGGAAUGAACCGGAAAGAAAGAAACAGCGAAUAUCGGAUUUUAUGAAAAAAUUGAUUCCCACACGACUUAAAGCUUGUAUUGCCGGAUUUCUUCUCGCAACUGUGUUAGCUGGUGCGACGAUUGGUGUACUACUUGGAGUUUAUUUGAAUCGAGGUUCCACAUCGAAUUUAGCGUCAGUCACUUGUACAUCGAUGGAGACUGGGACAACAGUAGCUGGUCUCAACGGAUCAGGAAGUAACUUAAAUCAGCUGAAUUUUCCUAAUGGCAUAUACGUCGAUGUAAAUUAUAACGUAUUUGUGACAGAUUUCUACAAUAAUCGUGUGAUGAAAUGGGUAGCCGGUGCAACUGAAGGCGUUGUAGUUGCUGGGGGGGGUAUGGUUUAG